CAAAACAAUGUCCCUAAAAUAUUUUGGGGAGUUUCCAUGGACCUGGGGAGAUUUCGGGGUUUCUUAUGCCAUUACUUCAAAGUCUUCUAUUGUGGCUUCCCCAAAUUAGGGAGAUUGGGUUAUAUACUUCUUUCAAACGAGUCCCAACUUGUAAAUCCAGAUAACAUAAUUGAAUACUCGUCCUUUGUCAUGCAUCAUUAAGAUAGCACCACGUUAACUACUUGAAGGAUUGACGUUAUCAGACAUAGUGUGCCUGAACUAAAAUGAAAUCCAUAAACAUUUUGAUUUGACCGCGUCUGCGAUACUUCAUGAAUUGUUGAUGUGACGCACCAAUCACCUUAUGACAGUUUGACCUUCAAGUGCUCACAAACUUCUUUGGACUCACCACUGAAGCGUUGUUCUAUUCCACUUUACAUACAGUCAUCUGAGGUUGGUAGUUUCAUGUGAUAUUGUCAGUUAUUAAAUAACGUCUACGCUAUUGGUAUUCACUGUUACUCAGUUGUUUAUUCCUGCUCCCAGUAAUUUUCUUUGGCCACCAUCGACCCUAUGUUUAUCUUUAAUUAAGUUUCGCUUAGUCUGAUUAUUAGAGCUUUAUUGUAGUGUGCAUUAGUUUUUCUAUCUGCUCUUCAACUUACUAUAAGCUCCAGUCGGUGUGUUAUGCUGCCAUGCUGAAAUGAACUAUUCUAUUAAUUGCAGAAAAAACAACUCCAAAUGACUUUUUGUUCCCUUUUAAUAUCAUUAACCGAAUUAGGUGAAUGCAGGUUAUGUUGAAGUCAUCAACACAUCAAACAAUAACCUAAGAAAUAGCAAGUUUCUACGUCCAACACUAAAUCCGACACAAAAGCGAUACUACAAUUAUAGUCACAAGUUUAAAUUAUGGCAAAGCAUCAUCCAGACCUUAUUUUCUGCAGGAAACAACCAGGUGUUGCUAUCGGUCGUCUGUGUGAAAAGUGUGAUGGGAAGUGCGUUAUUUGUGAUUCUUAUGUUCGCCCGUGUACUCUUGUUCGCAUAUGUGACGAGUGUAAUUACGGAUCAUAUCAAGGACGUUGUGUUAUAUGUGGUGGUCCAGGGGUUUCGGACGCUUAUUACUGUCGACAGUGCACGUGUCUGGAAAAGGAUAGAGAUGGGUGCCCUAAAAUCGUCAAUUUAGGAAGUGCGAAAACUGAUCUGUUUUAUGAACGUAAAAAAUAUGGAUUCAAAAAACGUUGACAUUUUCCGAAAAAUACAUCUUUUGUAAAUGUUUUUCACUUCAUAUAUUAUCAGUAAAGCUCUCUAUAAUGAUCUAUUUUCAGGUGUUACUUUAUAGUGAUAUGAUUAUUAUUCCUAACUUAAUUGUAUUCAUAGUAUGCACAUUUUUGUUAUAUGUACAACGUGACUUUCGGAAGUUGAAAGUAUACUCCGGGUGUUAUCAUUGAUAAUUGGCAACCUCUGAGGUUUUUUAAGGAAUGUGACCUCCAAAACAUUAUUUAACUGGAAUCUGAGUAAAAAUAACACGUCAGUAACUUUAUCAAAAGUUGGUUGUUACAAGUGGUAGGAAGUCUCAAGGAGCUUUACUGGUUUCAGAUUAUUUUCCACUUCUUUACCAAUUAAGUGGUGACUCUUAGACCCUAAAUACAGUUUCUAACGUCAAAUCAAGCUAGUCGUAAUAGGUAAAAUUCAGACCGUUUGAUAAUUCAUCAUCAUUGUGGAUCUUUUCGUUGCUUAGGAAAAUUAAAUAAGUUCACGCCAAAUAGUAACAGAGCCUAGGUCACGUAGUUCCUAAAUUAUAAUCCAUCGUCUAACUUCAGUUACUAGGAGCACUUUUAAAACUGAUAACUUACUAUAAUAGAUGGCGUGGAAAAUAAUGAUUGGGAAUCUCAAACGGGGAUUCCUUAAAACUUUUCAAAGACUUGUUUAUUAUAUCUGUUAGGGGAGACACAAAUAGCAAUCGAACUAGGUAAUUGUUUGGUCUCCCAGCUUAUCGGUUGUAUUAACACGGUGAGUUUGGUGUUAAUACGACGUUUUAUGGAGUAAAUAAUCCAUCUAAUUCACCGUAAAACCUGGUAGGAGUGUUUAUCAGUCCCAGCUGGCUCACUGCACAUUACCAAAAUGGAGGAGGAAAUUCAUAGAACAGGGAGCUUAGGAGGUAAAAUAAUGUCAAACCCAAUGUGUUGUGGAGCUCAAUUUUUCUGUGCUAUGAUAAAUACAUCUCUGAUUAAGAGGAUGAUUCAAAACCUGAUCAACUAGUGAUGUACAGUGAUACUAUAACAGCUGGCGACAUUGAAUUCUUGACAAAAGCCCUAAAAUGAACUGAUGUAAAAACG